AUGGGUGAGCCUGGCAUUAGUCAUGAAGAGAUGGGUCUCACCAACAACCCAGCCGUAAACAGGCCUGAGACUAGCAACUUGAACACGAAAGACACAUAUAGGCGAUAUGAUUCCGAGCGCGAGAAAAGACUGCGACCAGAAGGCUUUGCACAAUACGUCGAGUUAGAUGACACAGCAGACAUGUAUCCAGCUGAGAGGAUAGCAAGCAACGACAACCUCAUCCGGGAAGAGACCUUUCGAGUCCUAAUUGUUGGCGCUGGCUUUGGGGGGUUGUUAUUUGCGGUGCGUCUGCUGCAAACAGGCUUUUGUCAAGCACAUCAGAUACUCCUUGUGGAUAAAGCCGGUGGUUUCGGCGGAACGUGGUGGUGGAAUCGAUAUCCCGGUUUGACUUGCGAUGUGGAAAGUUACAUCUACAUGCCCUUGUUGGAGGAGAUGAACUACAUGCCUUCUCACAAGUAUGUCUCUGGAAAUGAGUUGAGAGAGCAUGCGAAGCGAAUCGCCGAUCGAUGGAGACUCACGAACCGAGGUUUGUUUGGAACAAAGGUCGACAGAUUUGACUGGAGUGAUGAGGAGACCCAGUGGAGCGUACAGGUAACGACCAAGGAUCACGCAGCUGCGAUCCUCAAAUCGGAGUUUGUCAUUUUGGCUGGCGGCCUGCUGGACUCCCCCAAGAGACCGAAGCUGAAUGGCCUCGACACAUACCAAGGCCAUGUUUUCCAUACGUCGCGCUGGGACUAUGCUUACACUGGAGGGAGCCCAGAAAAUCCCAUCAUGAGCCAAUUGUGUGAUAAGACGGUUGGGUUUGUGGGCACAGGUGCCACCGCUGUCCAGGCAGUUCCUCACUUGGCCCAGUGGGCGAAGAAGCUUAUUGUAUUUCAGCGUACACCAUCAUCUGUGGAUGUUCGAGACAAUUCAGUCACAGAUCCUACCUGGUGGGAAACGAUGACCCAAGAGAAAGGGCCCAAAUGGCAACGAGAACGGAUGGAGAAUUUCAACUCCUUCGUAUCCAAUGAUACUAUGCGGCAAGACGUCAACAUGGUGAAUGAUGCAUGGUCCCAAAUGCCCUCCUUCAGUGCAUUGAUCGGAAGUCCCAAAUCUUUGCAGCCUGACUACCUCGCAUGGAUGCAAUCGUUAGACAUUAAUCGACAGGGGAAGAUUCGCCAUCGUGUUGAGGCCACAGUCACUGACCCGGCAACUUCACAGCUCCUGAAACCGUGGUAUCCAGGCUGGUGCAAGCGCCCCUGCUUCAGUGACAACUUCCUCCAAGCCUUCAAUAAACCCAAUGUCAAACUGAUAGACACCGAGGGAAAGGGCGUACAGACAGUGUCAGACCGGGGUAUUGUCGUGGAUGGCAGAGUAAUCAAUCUGGACGCCAUCAUCUUCGGUACAGGAUACAGUCUUGGAAGCAACACUGCCUGUGAACAUGUGCCCAUCAUCGGACGAGACCAGAAGACCCUAAAACAGAAACGGGAGGAAGAAGGGAUGGCCUCACUGCAUGGUAUUAUGAGCUCUGGAUUUCCCAAUUUGUUCUUUCCAGGUCCAUAUCAAGCCGGGGCGUCUCCAAACCAGGUCUACGUUCUGGACCAGCUUGCAAUUCAAGUGGCAUACAUCAUCUCGGCAGCAGGCAGGGGAUCAAAAAUUCAAAGAUUUAUGGUUGUGCCUAGUAGUGCCGCGGAAGAAGGAUGGACGAAAGAGGUGCUGUUGAGAGCACGAGCCCUUGAAGGUGUCGCUAACUGUACCCCUGGAUAUUGGAACCGAGAAGGUGCUCGGCUCGAUGAGAAGGAGACAUUCAAGGCAGCCCGAUUUUGCAUCUGGGGACAAGGGAUCAAGGAUUAUGUGGACCACCUUGAACACUGGCGACGGGAUGACCGGUUAGACGGUCUUGAGAUUCAGCAUUAUUCAUGA